UAGUUAAAUUGAAAUGAAAAUAAAGUCGGUCAAGGCUCGUAACGCGUAAUGGGAAAAGCUUAUGUCACGGAGGGAGUAUUAAUGAAGCAGCACCCUCAAAUGUCCAUGAGGUCGAUGAGGCAGAGCAAGAGGCGGCCCGCAGGAGGAAGGGUAAGGCUAUAGCCAAACCCAGCAAGACCCGAGAUUCGGCGUUCAAACGCCUAGGGGACAAAGAGGAUGGGCCCUGCAAGUCUGCCAAGCUACGUCUUGGUCCUGAGAUGGGCCGGACUAGCGCAAUGGAAAGACUUGGAGGGAAUCGUCCCGCCCAAUCUCGUCGUUCUAGGGAAUCUGAGACGAUUCACCUAGACGAGGAGGAAGCUGAAAGCCAGCCCAGGGCAUCGGCAUAUACCAGGCUCUCAUAUGAUGAGGAUGACCUGGACAAGAUAGGAAGCGUAGCAAGAAAGCUACGUGCCCUGGAGGAAAAGGUGGACGAGAAGGCGGGAGCAAAGAAGCACACCCUGGCCAAAUCACCCUUUUCAGCUAGGGUACAUGCACAAAAAUUGAGGCGGAAGGUCAAGCUAGACGUGGAGAAAUUCACUGGAAAGGAGGAUCCAAAUAUCCACCUUGACACCUUCCACAAUGCAGCACAGAUGGCCGGGUGCACUGAUGCUGAGGAAUGCUUGCUCUUCUUCUCAUCCUUGAGAGGGAGACCAGUGGAAUGGUUUAACGGCCUUCCCCAUGGAAAGAUUGGGUCCUUUGAGAAACUUGCUGAAGUUUUCCGCAAGAAGUACCAGGACAACUGCAUCAAGAGGAAGAAGUUCACCUACCUUAACACGGUAGGGCAGAGGGAGAAGGAGUCCUUGACUCAAUUCUUAACCCGCUGGAGGGACGAGGUUGACAAGGUAGAAGAGAUGGACGAUAAGACGGCCAUGUCUUUACUGAUGAAUGCCUUCCGGUCAGGUGACCUCUACACUGAAUUCUGUAGAAGGCCACCCUCCUCUUAUCAGGAAGCCUACAAUACGGCAUGGGAGUAUGCCGAGGCGGAAGUCCUGAACA